UCACUGCUGGGUGCCCACUGCGCAUGCGCGAGAAGUGCUGCGCUUUGUGAAUGGCCACCUGUAGUCUUCUGGAACCUGUCUGCAGUCUCUGGUCAUCUCCUGUACUAUGUUCGCAGUCUCUGAUCAUCUCCUGUACUGUGUCCGCAGUCUCUGGCCAUCUCCUGUACUGUGUCCGCAGUCUCUGGUCAUCUCCUGUACCGUGUCCGCAGUCUCUGGUCAUCUCCUGUACUGUCCGCAGUCUCUGGUCAUCUCCUGCACCGUGUCCGCAGUCUCUGGUCAUCUCCUGUACCGUGUCCGCAGUCUCUGGUCAUCUCCUGUACUGUCCGCAGUCUCCGGUCAUCUCCUGUACUGUGUCCGCAGUCUCCGGUCAUCUCCUGUACUAUGUUCGCAGUCUCUGGUCAUCUCCUGUACCGUGUCUGCAGUCUCUGGUCAUCUCCUGUACUGUGUCCGCAGUCUCUGGUCAUCUCCUGUACUGUGUCCGCAGUCUCCGGUCAUCUCCUGUACUAUGUCUGCAGUCCAUUGGUUCAGAAUAUUUUUUUUCCUGUUUUCCUCCUCUA